AUGAAGGGACUUCUUCUUGCGCUCGCUGUGCUGAUCCCAAACUGUUUGGGUUCCCUCAUUGUGGGUGGACAUGAGUCUGUUCCACACAGCCGACCCUACACGGUAGCCAUCAUGUACCCGGAAAAAGAUCAAUUCUGUGGAGGUACUUUAAUUCACCCCAACUGGGUAGUCUCCUCUGCUCAAUGCUCCAUUGGAGAUGGUGAAAGAGACUUCGUUGGUCUCGGGUAUCAUAGCCUUCAACAACACGACGGUCCGAACCAGCAGUUUAUCCAAGGUACUUGGAUGGUACACGAACAAUUUGAUUUUAGCUUACUCGAUAACGACAUCGCCUUGAUUCAUCUUGACACACCCGCCUCUUUGAACAGUGACGUGCAAGCUAUCGGCAUUGCUUCUAGCGAACCCAAGACGGGCUCAAAACUGCUGGUUAGCGGCUGGGGAAACCUUGAUCCAAGCACCUGGAUUCCUGCAAAUGAACUGCACGAGGUUGUUCUUUACUCCAAAAGUCAUCAGGAGUGUGAGGAUGCUUAUGGUGUCCUUCCUAAUGGUAUGUUCUGCGCUAGUGCUGCAGGAGGAGACGCUUGCCAGGGUGACACUGGUGGACCAAUCGUCAGUAACUUCGCCGCCGACUCCCAUCAGGCAGGUGUUCUGCUUGACGGUAUAGUAAGCUGGGGCAGGGGCUGCGCAGAUGAUAAGCAUCCUGGAGUCUACACAAAGAUAUCCAACUAUUGCACCUGGAUAACUGUGCUGAUCCCAAGCUGUUUGUGUUCACUCAUCAUUGGUGGACAUGAGUCUGUCCCGCACAGCCGACCCUACACGGCUGCCGUAAUGUUCCCCAAUAAAGAUAACUUAUGUGGGGGUACUUUGGUUCACCCAAGCUGGGUUGUCACCUCUGCCCAAUGCUCCCUUGGACAUGGUACCAAAGACUACGUUGGCCUCGGGUAUCAUAACAUUCUGCAACACGAUAGUCCAAAGCUUCAGUUCAUCCAAGGUACUUGGAUUGUACACGACAAUUUUGAUAAAAGUACCAUGGAAAGUGACAUCGCCUUGAUUCAUCUGGACACACCCGCCUCUAUGAGCAGUGACGUUCAGGCCAUCAACAUCGCUUCAAGUGAGCCAAAGACGGGUCUGAAACUGCUUUCUACCGGAUGGGGAAGCCUUCACCCUGUCUAUUGGGAGCGUCCAGAAGAGCUAUAUGAGGUGGUUGUAUUUGCAAACAGUCCAGAGGAUUGCAAAAAAGCCUACGGUAGCUCUGUCAAUGAUAACAUGUUCUGCGCAGGUGUCCAAGGAGGGGGUAAAGACUCAUGCCGGGGUGACACUGGUGGUCCAAUCGUCAGUAACUUUGCCCCAGACUCCCACCAGGAUGGUGUGUUGCUUGAAGGUAUUAUUAGCUGGGGCAUCGGUUGCGCACAAGACACUCAUCCUGGAGUCUACACAAAGAUAUCCAACUAUUGUGAUUGGAUAGACCAGAAAACCAGUGGCGAAGUCAAAUGUGUGUAA